UUUCGAUUCACACCUCAAUAUCCACUAGAGGCACCUGAAGUUGUCUUUAUCCGGCCUUAUAUUUAUAGCAAUGGACACAUUUGUUUAAAUAUAUUAUAUAAAGAUUGGUCACCGGUACAAACGGUGGCACAUGUUUGCUUGUCGAUCAUCUCCAUGAUGUCAAGCUGUACAAAGAAGGAGCUUCCACCUGAUAAUGAUUUGUAUGUAAAAAAUGCAAGCGCGUCACCGAAGAAGACAGCUUGGGCGUUCCAGGUAAGUGUAGGUAGCUUUUUGUAUCAGGAUUACUGA